UUCAGCCUCGGACUUCUGGCGGGUCCUUGACUGGUGUUAGCCGAGUGCUAGUGGGGACGGAGGUGGUAGCGAGGCUCUACCGUGCAGUGCCUGGGACCGUGCUGGGGAAGUCAUGUCGGAGCAGCAGCGGCAGGGCGCCGGGCGCGACCUCUACCGGGACACGUGGGUGCGCUACCUGGGCUAUGCUAAUGAGGUGGGGGAGGCUUUCCGCUCCCUGGUGCCUACAGCGGUGGUGUGGCUGAGCUAUGGCGUGUCCAGCUCCUACGUCCUGGCUGAUGCUAUAGACAAAGGCAAGAAGGCAGGAGAGGUGCCAAGCCCUGAAGCAGGCCGCAGCACCAGAGUGGCCCUGGCUGUGGUAGACACCUUUGUGUGGCAGUCUCUGGCCUCUGUAGCCAUCCCAGGCUUCACUAUCAACCGUCUGUGUGCUGCCUCUCUCUAUGUCCUGGGUACUAUGACCCGCUGGCCCCUGACUGUCCGCAAAUGGACCACCACCACACUUGGGCUCCUGGCCAUCCCGGUCAUUGUCCACCCCAUUGACAGGUCAGUAGACUUCCUCCUGGAUUCCAGCCUGCGUAAACUGUACCCAUCAGUGGGGAAGCCCAGCUCCUCCUGACCCUGUCCUGUGCGCUGCCCAUGGCUGGCCCGCUCACACCAGAGAAUGUGGAUGCUUGGCUGUUUGGAGUCCAUGGCACCCGAGUGGGUUCAAACUCAUGGAUGCUUAGAGACAAAGGCCUUGAGGAGUGGUGGCUUCACUGAGUCCCAGAGGUGGGACCCGACCCUGUCUGCAUUAGCGGCAGUGGUUGGUACUGAGUGGGAGUGGACGCUGGCUGGGCAUGUCUUUUGAAAUAUUUUUUUAAGUAUUUUAUGUGUAUCAGUGUUUUACCUGCAUGUAUGUAUGUUUGUGCACCACCCUUGGAGGUUUAAAGAGGUCAUUGGACCCCCUGAAACUGGAAUUAGGGAUGGUUGUGAGGCACCAUGUGGGUGCUGAGAACUGAACCUGGUUUCUCUGCAAGGGCAGCCAGUGUUCCUAAGCACUGAAGUACCUCUCAGGCUCUGGGCCCAUCUUCUGAAGGAAAAGUUAAACCCUCCCGUGGAGGAGAAGGACACUAAAGCCCAGAGAGGGCAAGGGAUGCUCCUAAGGUCACGUGACAAGCCAAGGACCAGGCUGUCCAGCUGCUCUAAGUCACUGUGGUAAUGUGGCUGAGUGACUUAGGAAAAAACACAGAGGUGCCGCAUUUGGGACACUCAGGGCAGAGUCUCUGGCCAGCCAUCCCUGCUGCAGGAGCUGCUGGGGCCUGGUUGGGAGGCAGGACAAUCAUACACCAAGUGCUAGCCCAAUAAACCCUUAAAAAAUGG